GGUAAUACCGCGCCGGGUACGUGAGCCCACGCGCACGCACGUGGUUCGAACGUUUUUUUUUUUUUCCCCUCUCCAUUAUUUCUCGCCCGAUUUUCACCGUCACGGCACCCCCUCGGUCCGCUCUCGACCAAUCGCAACCCCCGUUCCGCGCGCACGGCACUACACCUCGCCACCACCGACGCCGCGCGCGCAGGCCGAACCGUGUUUGAAAAUCUCGCGCACCCGUCAUCGUCAUCGUGUACGAUCUCGCGCACCCGUCUUCGUCGUUGUCCGCGGCCAUCAUUUGCUUUUCACCCUCGAUCGAUCGACAACGCUCUUCUCCGCAUUCGUCGUACCGUUUUUCGCACUGCCAGUCUCUUGCACCUGCCGCCGACGUGUUUUUCCCCGAUCGUCUUUGUUCCGACGUUCGGUUUUUCGGUCCAGCGUCCCGUCGCGCGCGUAUCGAUUUUCAGCGCGUUCCGCGGCAACGUUAUCCCGUCGACGCGCGUCUACGCGUUCAGUAGUGGUCCGCCAUACACGUUUCGCUGCAUAACCUUACAAUCACGCACCCUCCCCGCACGUACCGAAAACACGCGUCCGCAGUUGGAUAUCAAUAUGGCCGACAACUAUAAUGAAAAUGAUAUUGCUUCUGCUCAGUCAGAUCAUGAUAUUGCUUCUGCUCAGUCAGAUCAUGAUAUUGCUUCUGCUCAGUCAGAUCAUAAUAUUGCUUCUGCUCAGUCAGAUCAUGAUAUUGCUUCUGCUCAGUCAGAUCAUGAUAUUGCUUCUGCUCAAUCAGAUCAUAAUUUAACUGCAGUUAGUAGUUGGGAUGACUAUGGAGUAACUAUCGUAACGGAAGAUAUGAACAGAAAAUAUAGCGAUUGUGAAGAUAUGGAUAUAUCUAAAUCCAAUGCCAAUAAUAGUUAUAAUAAUAUCUUACAAGAUUCCUUGGGAAAUGAAAUAAUAAAUGAUGAUAAUGCAAGUUCAGGUUAUCAAAGCAAUAAUGAUCAUCGUAGCAGCCGACCCUAUAAAAAUGAUGUGUAUGCAAAAAGAAUUGGUGAUCGUUUAAGAAGUGCAAAGCCUAAGGUUCCACCUAAAUCAACUUACAUUCCUCCUGAGUUUGAGGAAAAUUUUAGUUCAACUAUAGAAGCUGGAUCUAACUUUGAGAAAUACGAUAAAAUAGAAGUUAUAGCAAAUGGAAUCGAUGUACCCCAAAAAAUCUCUACGUUUCAAAGUUCUGGUCUGCGUGAAAUUAUUUUAAAUAAUCUGAAAAACUGCAAUUACACUACACCAACGCCAAUACAAAAAUAUGCUCUACCAAUUAUUAUGAAUGAUAGAGAUAUGAUAGCCAGUGCUCAGACUGGUUCUGGCAAAACUGCAGCUUAUAUUUUACCAAUUUUAAAUAAAUUACUUGAUGAACCUUCCAAAUUAAUUGUUGAUGGUAAACAUUGUGAACCACAAGUUCUCAUUAUGUCUCCUACAAGAGAACUUGCUAUUCAGAUAUGUGAACUUGCAACUCGGUUGAGCCGAGAUACUGGAAUUAAAUGUGAACUUCUUUAUGGUGGUACUGCUACAUAUUAUCAAAGAGAAAAAGUUUUGAGAGGUGUUCAUAUUUUGGUUGCAACUCCUGGUCGUUUGAUUGAUUUUGUGAAUCGUAGAUUGAUUACUUUCUUUUCGAUACGAUACUUUAUACUAGAUGAAGCUGAUAGAUUGUUAGAUAUGGGUUUUCAAGGUGAUAUUGAACAAAUACUAUGUCAUCAUACUAUGGUUUUUACCGCCGAAAGAACAACUUUAAUGUUUUCAGCAACUUUACCUGAGAAUGUUCAAUAUAUAGCAAAGGCAUUUUUGAAACCAGAUUACAUAUCAGUAGCAGUAGGAGAUAUUGGUGGUGCUUGCAAAGAUGUUACACAGACUAUUUUAGAAGUUAAAAAAUUUGAUAAAAGAAAUGCAUUAUUAUCUAUUCUAAAAGAAACUGACGAUUGCCAAGGCACAAUAGUGUUUGUAGAAGAGAAAAGACAAGCCGACUUUCUUGCAGCAAUACUAAGUGAAUAUGAUUAUCCAACAACAAGUAUACAUGGAGAUCGCCUACAACCACAACGAGAAAUUGCCUUGAGAGAUUUUAAACAAAAAAGAAUGAAAAUCUUAGUGGCUACCUCAGUUGCUUCUAGAGGACUAGACAUAACGGGUGUGAAAAUGGUUGUGAAUUAUGAUUUACCAAAAACUAUUGAAGAAUAUGUACAUCGAAUUGGACGUACUGGAAGAUUGGGCAAUAUUGGUAAAGCUAUUUCAUUUUAUGAUCCAGAAAAAGAUUAUCCAAUAGCUUUCGAUCUAGCAAUUAUUCUAAAACGGGCUGAUCAAGAGGUUCCUACAUUUUUAUUCAAAUUCCGUUCCAAAAAUUAUAAACCUAUUAAGCCUAAUAUGUUUUGAAACGAUGUUGAAAUGAGAUCCGGUCAAGACUUCAAGAAAGAUCCAAUAAAUGCUUAAAAAUAAUUAUAAUUACUAUAACUUAGAUUAUGUUUUCUGAUCAAUUCCUGAUUAAUUCCUAUUUUAUUAUUAAUGAAAGUGAAUGAAAAAGGUUU